GGUUUUUCCAAUUUCAAUUUUCCCAUCAAUCAGUCAGUCGCCUCACAAAAACCCUUCCCCUCAGAUACAGAGGAGCGUUGGAGUUGUUGCAGAGAGAAGAUGAGCAGUGGGGUUAAGGGAGGUGCGGGUAGGGUUUCGAUUCCGAGCGGUGUUAAGAAGACGAUCGACAAUAUAAAGGAGAUUACUGGGCAGAAUCACAGUGAAGAUGAGAUUUAUGCAAUGCUCAAGGAAUGUAACAUGGAUCCCAACGAAACCACCCAGAAGCUUCUACUUCUCGAUACAUUCCAUGAAGUCAAAAGAAAGCGUGACAGGAGAAAAGAGGACUUGACUGGUUCGAAUUCUCCUUAUAAUUUUCAGAACAUGUCUAAGGAGCAUGCAGAGUCGAAGUGGAAGCCUAGCCCACAGGCUCGGACAAAUAGAGGGGGUCGUGGGAACUACCCAUCAAGAUAUGCGCCUCAAGAUGCUGGUGGUGGGAGAAAUAUGGCUGCUGCAAAGGAAAGUGCUACUAGCCACCCUACUGAGAAGUGUACCGGCAAGCCCCCCUUGGCUUCUUCACAUGACAUGAGAAAGAAUGAAAUAUGUUCCUUUGCAAGCCGUGCUAAUGUUGCGUCUAAUGGUCCAUCUGGUAUUACCUCCCAGAGUAUCAAUAUUGUACUUGAGAACCAUGGUGAGGGUACAAUCUCUAUUGGUUCUGUUAAGAGCACUGAUGCUCUGGGGGGUAAGGAUAUAAAGCAGCACCAAAUUCUGGACUUAAACUGCACAGCAUCUGUUCCUUCACCACUUGCUGCAGGAUCUUAUUCGUCUUCUUCAGAUACUGUACAAUUGCCUUCUCAACAAUUUCAACUCCCUAAUGUUUUGGGAAAUCAAGAUGCCUCCAUUGAACAGCUUGACAACAAUCUUACUGAGAACAAACCAGCUUCUGCCAAAAUAUCUACUUCUGAGGUUGCGACUGCUACUUCGGAGAAAAAAGUGGUAAAUGAAUUCCAGGGAGUUGGGAAGAAUCAACAUUCAGAGUCCAUGCAGACUACAUCAUCUGCUAACAGCAGGCCUUCAUCUAAUUACAACAAUAGGUCUCAAGUGAUUGGUUCGCAAAAAGUGGGUCCUGGCAAGGAAUGGAAACCUAAAUCAACAAACCCCCAUAUUGGUCAAGGUGGCACGACUGCUGGUUCAUCAGAGGUUCUUGUGGUAUCUGGUGGAAGUCAUUCUGAACCACAGACAACUCCUGUUCUCACUUCACAAGAAACCAUGUCAGAGCUGCAGGGGAAAUUGGAAGAAACUUAUAUUUCAGAUAGCCAGCAUGUGAUUAUUCCAAAUCACCUGCAUGUACCUGAAGUUGAAAAGCUUGGAUUUUGUUUUGGGAGUUUUGAUGCUAGUUUUGGAUUGGACAUUAACCAAAAUGGUGUUCUUGGGAGAGAGAGGAGUCCAUCAAUGUCAGAAUCGGCUGAGCCUGUUGAUGGACCCGUGAUGGAGCUACAUUUAAGCAGCCAAGAUGCAUUGGUAGAUGCAGAGGAUACUGAUGUAAAAUAUCCCGAUCAGCCCCAAUCACCUUCACAAGGACCAGAAACCUUCACUACGAGUGAGGUUGAAGAAUCAUCAUCCAUUAACCCUGAUUAUAGUGAAUCCAAGACGGAGGUCGCCCCAAGAAGUUAUCAACUCCCUGUGGUCCACACUUCAAACAACAGUUUUGGUUUUGUGCCACCAACAACGGGGGGUCAGCUUGCACCUUCAGAAAGUUCAGAAUCUCAAGUACGUGAUGCUUCUAGAAUGCCAGGCUUUGUGAUGCCACAAACUUUUGAUCCAGCAAGUUAUUAUGCUCAAUUUUAUCGUUCUGGCUUGGAUAGCGAUGGCCGCAUAUCUCCUUUUCAGUCAGCUGGACCAGCAAACAAGUUUCCCGGAAAUGCUGCAUUGGUCUCUGCACAGACUCCUCAAGAGUUUCAGGGUGGUGUCCCUCUACUUCUGUCUACAGCAUCUCAAACACCUCUCGUUACCCAAGCAGCUGGAGCUGGGGUGAUGCAGAGCGCAAUCCAGCAACCCCUUCCGAUUUUCCGCCAACCUUCCGGAGUUCACCUGUCCCACUAUCCUCCUAAUUACAUGCCAUAUGGGCCCUAUUUUUCCCCAUUCUAUGUUCCACCACCCACCAUUCAUCAAUUCUUGAGUAAUGGUGCAUUCCCUCAGGCUGGCGGCAGUUUGUAUCAGUCAGCACCUGGGACAAAUGCCAAAUUUUCAGUUUCUCAAUAUAAUAAGCAGGGACCAAACACGGGUAGCUCGGCUCACAUCGGUUUGCCUGGAAAUUACGGACCGUAUGGUCUUUCCAUGUCCACCUACACCUCUGGUUCAGCAACAGCAACUGUUACUUCAACGUCCAACGAGGAUAUUGCGGCUAAGGAGAACAAUGUCUAUGUCACUGGCCAACAGAAUGAAGGCUCUGGUGUAUGGUACACUGCACCUGGUCGUGAUAUUUCAGCCUUACAAGCUAGUUCCUUCUACAAUCUUCCUCAAUGCCAGCUGACUUUUGCCCCAUCACAGCCAGGCCACGUACCCUUCACGGGAGUUUUCCAUCCAGCACAGUCAGUGACAGCAGCAAAUGUUCACCCGCUCUUACAACAACCACAAGCAAUUACAAACAAUCCCGUUGAUAUGGUGGGCCCAACAGCCGGCAUUUACCAGCAACCGCAGCACACACAACUAAACUGGCCGAGUAACUACUGAAAGAGGGGAAGUUCAUUUCUUGCUUUUAAGGCACCGGGCGAAUUUAGAAUCGAGGCCCGUAGUGGGAAUUCCAGACAAGUUUUGAUUCGAUGGAGAAAUUGGAGGACGAAUGCGUGUGCUGAGUGUAAAUUAAUGGAAGGGGGCCAAUAAUGUUUGGCUAUAUAUGUUUCUUGUGGUCUUCAUGUGAUUCACAUUUUAAGCCCCUUUAUAGGUUUUAGCUUCAUUGGUCAAUAGCAGAAAUUGGGGCUUUUUCACUUCCUGUUGUUUAAUUGGGCAUUUUCUUUUCUUUUUUUUUUCAAGUUUUGAAAAAUUUAGAGGUGAUAUAGGCAGAUUCUAAGGCGAGUAUUCGUUAGGUGCUGGGUUGUGUUUGUCUCUGCCCUAUUACUUUUCAUCUCGUUUCACUUUCACCCCGUUUUUAAUCUUUGCGUUGUCUUUACCUGUAAAGUGAGAAGUUUUGGAUUAGCAAGGAAGGUGUACUUUGGAAACUAUUGUAAUUCUCUAUGGUCUAUUUCUAUGGGAAUAUUUUGUUGUUCUAAUGGAUUAAUUGAACUUGACAGACCUUACAGGUUUCUAGAUUUUGGUAUCUAAAAUGGACGAAAAAAUUUAUGUUACUGCACGAUCUAGGAAGUUUUGAUGCUUGUA